AUGGGUUCCGGUGUAGCUGCGUUCACACCCGGAGCAUUCGCGGCUAAGCAANACUUCGCCUUCCUGCCAAAGUACCUCGAGUCGUACUUCGGCACGACGACGGCCGUCUCAAACAUCGUCGUGGGUAUAAUCGGCUGCGUGACGCCCAGUAUCGGGCUGCUGCUGGGCGGAUGUUUCAUGCGGCGGCGCCACCUACGUCCGCGAGGCUCCUUCCUGCUCGCCUUCCUCAGCAUCUUCAUCUACAUCGCGCUGCUCAUUCCGAUGAUGCUGCUGCCGUGCGACGACCUCACCGGUCUUAGCACCUCGCAAUCCGGAGGCAUUAUCGCUUAUAUACACUGGCUUCGUCGUUCACACCGUCGUUCUCUCACUCUCUCGUUAACACACAGCUACGAACUCUGGCAGGACUGCAACACGGACUGCGGAUGCAACGUGGAGAAAUACGCGCCGGUGUGCGCGUCGAACGGCGUCACCUACUUUUCUCCCUGCCAGGCAGGCUGCAGCGACGCCUACACACUCGGGGACGCCAAGAAUUUUACGGGCUGCUCCUGCACGCCAGAUGGCGUGGCGACUGCCGGCAAGUGUGACAGAACGUGCACCGGCGCCAUGGUUGCGUAUUUUAUUCUCCUCGGCGUUGCUGGCCUGCUAGUCGCACCUGCCAAUGUGGCAAGCUUCUCACUAAAAAUACGAGUGGUCGAACCCAAAGAUAAAGCUAUGGCGUUGGGACUUGGAAGUUUUCUGCUCUCGGGGCUAAGUGAGUGCUUCAUAAUGAUUCAUGUUUCGCUGUCAUUAAGAAUCUACUACACACGCUAGCAGGUGUAGGUUAGCGCGAUAAUUCACGGACGCAAACUCUCCCUAACCAUAUCGUAAAGCAGUUAUUUACGGCUAGCGGUAAGAGGUAGCUCUAUUCAUCGUCGAGCAUCCGUAUUCAACACA